AUGCUUGAACGGGUGCGGAACCCGGAAAGCCAGGUUCUUGGGCACGCGCAGACUGAGACGCAGCCGCGUCCGAUGUCGCUGGCGCGUCGAGAAAGGGAAGGUCGACCUAUGAGCCUUUGUGUCCGAGGACGGAUCCAACCCGUGAAGCGUAGCUGGACGACACACCUUGAGCCGCCUGACGUAAAACGUCGGCUGAAGUCGCAGUGA